CGGCAAGUCUCUCUUCUUGACAUCCAUGUCGUCGACAAGCAAGCCUGUAUCCAGCGAAGAUAUUCUCGGCCAAAAGUAUGACCGCUGCUUGGCGGACCUGUUGGUGAAAGCUGGUGUAGGCUUCAGUGUGGGCGUCGUUGCCUCUGUCAUACUAUUCCGACGACGUACAUGGCCUAUCGCGCUAUCUACAGGCUUCGGCGCAGGAGCCGCCUACGCCGACUGCGACCGCUCCUUCAACCCUGCGAGAAUACCUGGCACGCGCAUCAUCACUUCCAAGGAGGAGCUAAAAUAGAGGUCUUGACGAGAGACGGACAGCAGCUAGACUUUUUGUUAUAAAUGCAUCGGCCGGUAAUCAGCUAUCAUUAAACGACCAGCAUCAUUCCUGCACCUUCAAUUACGCGUCAUGUCCUCUCGCUCUUGUUCUCUACUCCAGCUUUGCACUCCUGUUUCCGUCUUCGACCCGGAUAUUGUUCUCUGAGGCUCUCCCAAGACCAAACGCUUGUAUAAAACAACUACGCAGAAAAUCUAAGGGUGUGCUGACACGUUAAAAAAGUUGCCAACGAACAGGAAGUCACCCCUAUCAGGGGAACUAAGGCGAGUAUUCGAGUUGCCUGGCGUCCAGUGAUUGGCAGUUCUUUUGGUAUCUUUCUUUCUGCCAUGGUUGCGCAGAGGAAC